GGCGCCGAGGCCAUUGCCCGGCAGAGGGCGUCAGACGUCCACCCUGCAGCCCAGGGUCGGGGUGCGGGUAAGCGGAGCCCAGUCCCUCACCCCGAACCCGCGUGCACGCUGGCGUCCCUGGCCCAGGCGAGGUGGGCAGACAUGACUCUCGCGUCAGCAUCUUCCCUGGUGCCACCGCCGCUACCUCCUGUGGGGAAGCUGAGGCCAGAGGCGGACAUGUGCCAAGCCACGCCGCUGGGGCAGUGCAAAGUUGAGGGGCUCUUCCCGGAGCUGGAGGCCGGGGGCUUCUCGAACCCGGUGCGGAGGCACAGCCAGCCAAUCCGGGAGACCCUGUCUGGCCGCGCCAGCCAAUCAGAGGGUCCCUGCCGAAGGCGGAGCCUGCUAAUCAGGGGCACCUGGAGUCGCUGGGCAGCCACGAUCGGGUCUCGCCGGCGAGGGGCGCGACGUGACGCGCGGAGGGUGGCGGUGGGUUGGGGGUGGGAGCUUUGCUCGCAGCUGAGCCCCGUUUUUCCGGUGCCGCAGUAUCCCUGGGACUGAGAGCUGAAUACCCACACCCAGGGCUGGGACCUUAGCAGAAAGGAAACUGAGGCUGGGAGGUCGGCCGGGAGGCUGCCUGGCGGAGGCGGCGCUGCUCCGAGUGGGCAGGGCGGGUUCCGGCCCCGCCCCGCCCCCGACCUCUUGGCUCCGCUUGUGCCCGGCGCGCCGCCGCCAGUGCUGCGGGCUCCGGGCAAUGGAUGCCCCCGGGGCCCCGGCCCAGACCGCCGCCCCCGGUCCGGGCAGGAAGGAGCUGAAGAUCGUGAUCGUGGGCGACGGCGGCUGCGGCAAGACCUCGCUGCUCAUGGUGUACAGCCAGGGCUCCUUCCCCGAGCACUACGCCCCAUCGGUGUUCGAGAAGUACACGGCCAGCGUGACCGUUGGCAGCAAGGAGGUGACCCUGAACCUCUACGACACGGCCGGGCAAGAAGACUAUGACCGGCUGCGGCCCCUGUCCUACCAGAACACCCACCUCGUGCUCAUCUGCUAUGACGUCAUGAAUCCCACCAGCUACGACAACGUCCUCAUCAAGUGGUUCCCUGAGGUCACGCAUUUCUGCCGCGGGAUCCCCAUGGUGCUCAUUGGCUGCAAGACAGACCUGAGGAAGGACAAGGAGCAGCUGCGGAAGCUCCGGGCCGCCCAGCUGGAGCCCAUCACCUACAUGCAGGGCCUGAGCGCCUGCGAACAGAUCCGAGCUGCUCUCUACCUGGAAUGUUCCGCCAAGUUUCGGGAGAAUGUGGAGGGCGUCUUCCGGGAGGCCGCCAAGGUGGCUCUCAGUGCUCUGAAGAAGGCGCAACGGCAGAAGAAGCGCCGGCUCUGCCUGCUGCUCUGACCCAGGGCAGACAGACCUCACGACAGCACUGACAGGGCCCGGGGGCCCAGGUGCCGACUGCACCAGGGAGGCUGCCCCAUCCCGACCCUCCAGCUCAUGGUGUCUGGGGCCUGCGGCUAGACUCUUGGAACAUUCUGGAACUCUCUCCUUUCCUGGCUGGGGCUCUGACCACAAACUCCCCUCCAGGCUGCCCCUGGGACAUGGUGGUGAUGUGGGUGCAGGAGCCAGUGUCUGUUGUCGGGACUCGGAAGUGCCCUCAUCACAGCCACCCCCACCACGAGUGUCUCCCCAGUACAGACUCAAGUUAUGCUUGAAAUGAAAAAGUCUAUCUGGUGGUGGGUAAACGUAGACCUGGCACUGUUCCACGCGGGCGCCCCAAGCCUGCCACUCCUGUGUCCCCGCCUCCCUGGGCUCCCGAGAUAGGCACCACUGUAUCCUCCAGCUCCUUCCUUCCUUCCCCCAGGAACGUGGAGGCCACCGAGGGGGCUGGGCCUAUCAGGAGGACACAGGCCGCAGCCUGGCACCCACCCCUCCCAUCUCCACCCCACAUGGAAGACUUGUCUUCAACUUGGCCACUGUCUUUGCAGAGCUGGGCACAUGUGCCCAGGGGGCAGAAAAAAUGGCUUCUCAGUUGUUAAAAGUAUACCCUGGACCACCCAUCUGACCAUCUCCUUAAGGUCUCACCCAAAGCCCCCAGUGUCAGAGACUUGGGAUGGGAAGAACAGUCGGCUCCCUGUGUGGUCAUGAGCAAGUUUUCUGUGGACUGUUCCCCCCACUGUGGCAGGGAGUCCUCAAGCUCCCAACCUGCUGUCCCUCAAGCCCCGCUUCUACCAGCCUGUGGAGUUCAGGAGGCGAGACAUCCCGGCCUCCUUUGAGAACUGAUGGGAUCUACCCCCUGUCCACGCGGGACAGUUUCUCAGAACUGGUUCAUAGACCACCUGUGUCACCAACAGCCAGAUACCUAAUCCCUGAGCCUCCUUUGGGAAGGUCUGGGGCCGAGGGUCUGGGAAUUUUUUUUUUUUUUUUUUUUUGGGACAGAGUCUCAUUCUGUCACUCAGGCUGGAGUGCAGUGGCAUGAUCUUGGCUCACUGCAAGCUCCACCUCCUGGGUUCAAGCGAUUCUCUUGCCUCAGCCUCCUGAGUAGCUGGGACUACAUGCGCACACCACCACGUCUGGCUAAUUUUUGUAUUUUUAGUAGAGACAGGGUUUCACCAUGUUGGCCAGGCUGGUCUUGAACUCCUGACCUCGUGAUCCACCCGCCUUAGCCUCCCAAAGUGCUGGGAUUACAGGCGUGAGCCACCGUGCCCGGCCCAGGACUUUUAAAACAAGCAUCCCAGGGGAUUCCAGUGCCCACCAGAAGUCGCAAGCUGCUUGGCUCUGGAGGGCGCCUAGGAGUCGGUGUCGCCUAAGAUGGGAUCUCUGGAGGGCGCCUAGGAGUCGGUGUCGCCUAAGAUGGGAUAACGGCUUCAGGCAACUCCUAGCCUUCCCCAUAUCUCCUGCCUCAGCCCCCCGGCCCAGUGCUGCGGUGUCAGCUAAACCUGAGCUUCCAAGAAGUCAGGUUGCCAAAGGAAGGAGCCUUCUGAGACCCUCCCCAACCCACCCAGGUUCCCAAGGCCCUGCCGUACCCUGGGGAAUCAACCAAGGAGUUCUUGUUCUCGAAGAACCCCAGGCCUCAUGAUGGUCUACGGUAGAGGUCCAACAACUACAGCCUGUGGGCCACAUCUGGCCACAGCCUGAUUUGUAAAUAAAGUUUUAUUGGAACACAGCAA